UUUCGGUGUUCACAGUUGCGCUUUGCUGUCGGCGGCAGUUCCGGAAUCUCAGGAAUUUGGGUUGUUCGUCUUCUACUCAACCUUCCUGCUGUGCAGAACUCAAGAUUUGCCGCGCCUGAAAGGUUUAGUUCAAGCUCAAAAUGUCUCAGGCGGAUAAACUGAAGCAGGGGCAAUUUACAAACCCAGAGACUCCUGGCUAUGUGGGAUUUGCAAAUUUGCCAAACCAGGUGCACCGGAAAUCUGUGAAAAAAGGCUUUGAGUUUACUCUCAUGGUGGUGGGCGAGUCGGGUUUGGGGAAGUCCACGCUGAUCAACAGCUUGUUCCUCACUGACCUUUACCCUGAGAGAGUCAUUCCUGGUGCUGCAGAAAAAAUUGAGCGCACAGUGCAGAUCGAGGCCUCUACGGUGGAGAUUGAGGAGCGUGGAGUGAAACUUCGUCUCACUGUGGUCGACACGCCUGGAUAUGGAGAUGCCAUCAACAGCCAGGACUGUUUCAACACCAUUAUCGCAUACAUUGAUGACCAGUUUGAGCGUUAUCUGCAUGAUGAGAAUGGACUGAACCGCAGACACAUCGUUGACAACCGGGUGCACUGCUGCUUCUAUUUCAUUUCCCCUCUGGGUCACGGGCUGAAGCCUCUAGAUGUCCAGUUCAUGAAGGCUAUUCACAACAAAGUAAAUGUUGUUCCUGUUAUUGCUAAAGCAGAUACACUGACCCUGAGGGAAAGAGAGAGACUCAAGCGCAGGAUUUUGGAUGAAAUUGAUGAGCAUGGCAUUAAGAUCUAUCACCUACCUGAUGCAGAAUCAGAUGAGGAUGAAGAUUUCAAAGAGCAGACCAAGAUUCUCAAGGCCAGCAUACCAUUUGCUGUUGUGGGAUCCAACCAGCAGAUUGAGGCUAAAGGGAAGAAGGUGAGAGGGCGUUUGUAUCCGUGGGGUGUGGUGGAGGUGGAAAACCCUGAACACAACGACUUCCUGAAACUUCGCACCAUGCUAAUCACCCACAUGCAGGACCUACAGGAGGUGACUCAGGACCUUCACUAUGAGAACUUCCGCUCGGAACGCCUCAAACGGGGCGGCAGGAAGGCUCCAGAGCCAGAGGAAACGGACAAGGAUAUGAUCCUGCUGGAGAAGGAGGCUGAGCUGAGGCGGAUGCAAGAGAUGAUAGCUAAGAUGCAAGCACAGAUGCAGAAGCAGGGAGAUGGAGAUGGAGAUGGCCCACACCAGUGAGAAACACGAUUUUGACUGAUAUUUGAGCAUGGCCCAGUCAGACGCAGAACGAGUGAAAGAGAAAGUGUUGCUAAAUGUGGAGAAGGGAAGACUGGCUCAUCAUGCUUGCCAUUUUCUUUUUCUUUUUUCAUUCUUAUGAGUUCAUGUUGUUUUGUAAGCAGUAUUAAGUUUUUUGUUAUAUAAUCAGAUGCUGUUUCUAAUUUUCAUUUAUUUUCCUCCAUACAUUGUGAUUCCAGUAACCAAAAUGAAGAACACCCAACAGUACUAGUUAACGCUGUGGACCCCACAGAGCAAUUUACAUUUUUCUUCUGUUACAAAAGCUAAAUGAUGCUGGGAGAGAACCUUCUACUGUAAAGCAACAUUUUGUAGCAUCCAGACCACUGAAAGUCCUUUUUGUCCCAUAUUAUACUCUCUAGCUAAAGGAAAAACCCAGCUGAAUUUUAGUUUCAUGGUUGUGGUUGUUUGUACAAGUUUUUUUGUUUUUUGAAAUACUGUUUAAAAGUGUUGCCAGAGAGAUUGCUGCCCUCCUGUUCAGGAGAUUUCUGAAGUGCUUCUCUCUUCCCUGCAUGAAGACAUCUUUAAAUAUGUGUGCUAUUCUGUUAAAUGCCCCCUAAAAAGGCAAACACAUUCAUACUGUGACCCAUGAUCCAUUCCCUGUACUGUCAAAUGAAGGAGAAUAGGCCAUUAUCUGAAGUAAUAUCAGGCUUUGCUCUGGUCUGAGUGCAAUAUGGAGUGAUUUUCUUUGCAUACAUUGCUGUCGUGCUCAUUGACCUUGACAGUUUUUACCUCCUUCCAGGUUCUCUAGUUACAAUUGUUUCUUUUAGCUUAUUAAUGUGAUCGAAGCUGAUUUAUUUCCAUAUCACAAAGUCUUUUUGAUUAAAUAUUUAACUUAUGUAAUAUCUGAAAUGUGGGAUUAUCUGUUACUUAAAAACAAACAUCACUUCCAGACUGCUACCCUUUUUUCGUAGUUUGUCUUGUUAACAUUUAUCAACAUUCCCAUUUUAAUGUUUCACUUGAGAAUUUUCUAUCAUCUUGAAAUAAAGUUUUAUA